GAACAACGCCACAAAAUUUUUAUAAGCUAUAAAGUUUGAGUUAUUAAAUCAGAAUCGAACAUGUUCAAACACUUUCAAAAAAACUACAAUGAUGAACAAAAUACAAUACAUUUUAAAUUUCAUUUUGUUUAUAAAACGAUGUCAAGCGCACGUCGACGGUGCGAAGUUGGAAGAGGAAUGUAAAAUAGCUGACAUAUGUCGACAUGAUCAGGUACCGAUCUGCGGAAUCGACUCUUGCGGAGAAAUGAGAACCUUCAUAGAUAACUGUGAUAUGCAUGAAUUUAACUGCGACAGUAAAAAAGACUUUGUCCAAAAACCUGUUCACGAAUGUUGGGUGACUUGUAAACGAGGAAGGAGCUUUAAAAAAAGUGCUUAUGGUGCUAAUUGCGACCUGAAAAACAUGGUUUAGAAGUAAAUUACGAAAUAAAAUGACCUAAUAAACAUAUGAACAACAA